CGCGUUUCCUUCGACAAUGCUUCGCGUGAACAACAUACCGUGGUAUAAAACGGCCACUGGCCGACUCUCUGACAAGAAUAUAUUUGAUAUCACCUUCGACUUCUACAGACACCUUAUCCAUUCCGAGCAUGCAGUACACGCUCAUCGGCUCGCCCAUGGCGAUGCAGUCACGAAGCGGUCGUACGACACCGUCACGGCUUUGUGGCGUUCGGAUCCCUGGAACAGGGAAUACCCUUCUUCGCUGCCAGUCGGACCUUCGAAGGAGGACAGGUCCAAAUUUUAUGACAUGGUCUAUGAAAUAUUCGAUCGAAGCCCCACGGUCGUGGUUAGCGCUGAUCACCACUUCGACAUCCUAUUCGCGGCGCAGCGCGCCCUCCAGUUUUUCCUGUCUUACGAACUCCCGGCUUUCAAAAGCGAUAUCUUUAUCUCGAGGCUUCAAGGGCAGGCUAGCACUGAGGCGAUCAGAACGAUCGUUGGCCCGGAAUUUAGUCCUCAAGGGGGGUUGCGCAUUCAGCAGCCACCUGCGGAGACGGCUCUUGGACGACUCAGAUCCGUCGUCGGGGCCCAGGUCGAUGGUGGUGACAAUAUCUACUACACGGUAACCGCGUGCCUCACUGCGACUGAGGACGUUGAACCCGUGUAUGAGCUGCACGCUGCGGACAACCCGAACAAGAAGAGAUAUGCCUCUUUGUCGGAGCUAGAGGAGAUGCUAGGACGUCACAUCGGCUAGUCCACAGUAUCCUAUGAAGAACUUGUCAUGCGUUGACAAUCUAUGUUGCUUGUCCUUUUUGUGUUUUGCCCUUAUAGUUGCGAAUCAUGUAUGCAUGUCCGUCGACUUCUCG